AUGUUUGCCGCUGAGGAGGUUUCGUCGAUGGUGCUGGUGAAAAUGAAGGAAGUAGCUGAAAGUUAUUUGGGCAGGAUGGUGAGUGAAGCGGUUAUAACAGUUCCUGCUUACUUCAAUGACACUCAGCGUCAAGCAACGAAAGAUGCAGGUUCUAUAGCUGGUCCUAAUGUGCUGAGAAUCAUUAACGAACCAACAGCUGCCGCAAUUGCCUAUUGUUUAGACAAGAAGGUUGGUGGUGAGCGUAAUGUGUUGAAAUUUGAUUUGGGUGGAGGUACAUUUGAUGUGUUUCUGUUGACAAUUGAGGAUGGGAUAUUUGAAGUGAAGUCUACUGCUGGCGAUACGCACUUGGGGGGUGAAGAUUUUGGCAGUCGUAUGGUGAAUCACUUUAUACAGGAGUUCAAGCGGAAACACAAAAAAGAUAUCUGUGAAAAUAAGCGUGCAGUGCAUCGUCUGAGAACGGCGUGUGAACGUGCGAAGCGUACAUUAAGUUCAAGUUAG